CCCCACCCUCCCCAGCCGUGGGGCUGUCCACUCAGUCUGCCCUGGAGCUGCCCAGCCAGCAGGAGUUUGGAGGGCGCAGUCCCUGCCCAGAUGGCCUCCAGGCUGACCCCGCUGACCCUCCUGCUGCUGCUGCUGCUGGCCAGGGAUAGCACCUGUUCCACUGAGAAUGGAACCAGCCACAGCACCAUGGAGCCAGAGAGCUUUGGAGGGGAAAGAAGUCAAGAGAACCUCUCGAUGGACGAUAGCCCCAAGAAUAUGUCCAUUCAACACCCCGAAGCCUCUUCCGAAACCAACUCAACCACCAUCAUGGCCACUAACACCACUUUUGAAGCCCCCACACAGCCCACUACACCGUCCAUCCAAACAACUGCCCAACCCACUUUUGCAUCCUGCUUGGAGCCUCCCAAGUCCUGCUUCGACUUGGCGAAUCAUUCAGCGGAAGCCUUGCUGGGAGACUCUUUGGUGGAUUUCUCCGUGAAGCUCUACCACGCCUUCUCGGAGCUGAAGAAGCCUGAGACCAACAUAGCCUUUUCCCCGUUCAGUGUGGCCAGCCUCCUCACGCACGUCCUGCUGGGGGCUGGGGACAAGACCAGGAGGAACCUGGAGAGCCUCCUCUCCUACCCUGAGGGCUUCGCCUGCGUCCACGAGGCCCUGAAGGCCAUCAAGUCCAAAGGCUUCACCUCGGCCUCCCAGAUCUUCCACAGCCCAGACCUGGAGCUGAAGAGCACCUUCCUGAACGCCUCUCAGAGGCUGUACGCCAGCCACCCCCAGGUCCUCGGCAACGACAGCAGUGUCAACGUGGAGCUCAUCAACAGCUGGGUGUCAAAGAAGACCCACGGCAAGAUCAGCCAUCUGCUGGACAGCCUGCCCUCCGACACCCGCCUGGUCCUCCUCAACGCCAUCUACCUGAGCGCCAAGUGGAAGACAGUAUUUAAUCAGAAAAAAACCACGAUGGAGCCCUUUAACCUCAGAUCCUCCGUGAUAAAAGUGCCCAUGAUGAUGAGCAAGAAGUACCCUGUGGCGGGUUUCUCUGACCCGACUCUGAAGGCCAAUAUCGGGAUGCUGCAGCUUUCCCACAACCUGAGCUUGGUGAUCAUGGUGCCCCAGCACUUGAAGUACCAUCUGGAAGACUUGGAACAGGCUCUCAGCCCCACUGUCUUCAAGGCCGUCAUGAAGAGGCUGGAGCUGAGCAAGUAUCAGCCCACCCUCCUGAUGAUGCCCCGUAUCAAAGUGAUGAGCAACCAGGACAUGCUGCCCAUUCUGGAGAAACUAGAAUUCUUUGACUUUAGCUAUGAACUUGACCUGUGUGGGCUGACAGAGGACCCAGAUCUUCAGGUCUCAGCGAUGCAGCACCAGACCUUGCUGGAGCUGACGGAGUCCGGAGUGGAGGCGGCUGCGGCCACCGCUGUCUCUGUGGCCCGAACUCUGCUGAUCUUCGAGGUCCAGCAACCCUUCCUCUUCGUGCUCUGGGACCAACAGUACAAGUUCCCUGUCUUCAUGGGGCGGGUGUAUGACCCCAGGGGCUGACGAGCCAGCAGGGCGCGUGGGGUCAGCCUGCACCCUUCACUCGCCUGCCUGGACGGGCCCCGAGCCACCUGCUGCCCAGGUCUCCGGGGUCCUGUCAUCCGGGGUCUGGCCAAAGGACCUGUGUCUGUCUCUUCCCUGUGACCCUCCAAAGCACUUUGUACAGCUUUCUUUGUUUCACACUCACCACACUACAAAUAAAGCCUGGCAGAUCAUGG